AUGCCGGAAUGGCUCAACCCUGUCGUCAACCCUGAGUUCCUGGUAGGCUCUCGGUUUGACAUUCGCGAGCAGGCCCUGGCCAAUGCCCGCGUCCUGUGGCCAAUGGUCGAACAGGAGCGGAUCGUAUCGGGUCGCGCCACCUCGGCUCGUGCACUUCCCAGCACUCUCGAGGUCGUGAUCACGAGUCAUGGGCGCUGGUGCGAAGCCGCGAUUGUCCACGGCGGAGAAAUUCGCAACGGGGAGGUGGCUCCUCAGUACAUCUUCGUGGAGAGCCAGAGAUUCGGCAGUGAACGCGAGGCGCUCUACGCCGUGUUGACGGUGACUCAGGUCAAGCUGUACAAGAUGUGGAGUGAAAAUGUUCAGCUUGCCCCGGGCACGAAUCGCUACGUGGACGGCAAGGGGUACGGAGCAUUUUUCAUGUAG